AUGUGGCGCCGCCAGCUCCUCCGCCGCCUAUUCCCAUCUCCGGCCACCGGGGCCACCACCGCGCCCCCUUCGCCUUUCCUGCGACACCUCUCUACCUCAAGCACCCCGAUCCCGACCCCGGCCACUUCCCUCGCUUCCUCCCUCGCGUCGGCGCUCACCGCGCUCUCCACGACCCCACCGCCCGCCACCACCCCGGACGCCUACUUCUCCCUCCACUUCUCCGACGUGCGCCCCACCAACGCGCUCCUCGCCGAGGCGCUCGCGCUCUCCCCGCCCGCCACAUCCCGCGCCGCUGCCGAUCUCUUCCGCUUCCUCGUCCGCCGCCGCUCGCUCCACCCCUCCGACGGCGCGCUCGCACCCGUCGUUCGCCACCUCGCUCGCCGCCGGGACUUCCCCGCCGUGCGCGCUCUCAUCCAGGAGUUCCCCACCGCUCUCGGGCCCGCCACGCUCGAUGCCUAUCUCCAUCAGCUCGCCAGAGCCGGGCGACCGACGGACGCUGUCAAGGUGUUCGACGAAUUGCCGGAGCAGCUCCGUAACCGCGAGGCUCUAACUUUGCUGGUCUCCGCCCUUUCUGCCGAGGGCUUCCCCUCGCACGCGGAGCGUGCUGCCAAGAAGGUCGCCAAUGAGAUCUUCCCGGAUGACAAUAUCUGUACUUUCACUGGAUUGGAUGCAUACAAUGCUGUUCUUGAUUGUGUGUGCCGGCUCUGUCGCAAGAAGGACUCGCUGAGGAUGCCUAUGGAAGCGGAGAAAUUCUUAGCUGACAUGGAAGCCAAUGGCAUUCCCCGUGAUGCAGGGACAUUUCGGGUUCUGAUCACAAAUUUUUGCAAGAUCCGCAAGACAGAGGAUGCCAUGAAUCUGUUCCGGCGUAUGGGUGAGUGGGGCUGCUCACCAGAUGCUGCCACGUACUUGGUGCUCAUCAGGAGCUUGUACCAAGCUGCCCGGACUUCAGAGGGUGAUGAGAUGAUGACGUGGAUGCGGUCUGCAGGAUUUGGAGAUAAACUUGAUAGGAAGGCAUACUAUGGAUUCAUCAAGAUUUUAUGUGGGAUUGAGAGGGUUGAGCAUGCUGUCAAGGUAUUCCGUAUGAUGAAAGGUUAUGGGCAUGCUCCUGGAGUAAAAUCAUAUAGCUUGCUCAUUGAGAAGCUGGCUAGGCACAAUUUAGGGGAUCGUUCCAAUGCACUGUUCAGGGAGGCAGUUGCACGUGGUGUUCCUGUGGCACAAGGAGAUUAUACUAUUGACAAAAGGUAUGUCAAAGCAAAGAAGGAAAAGAAGGUGAAGAAGAGGCUGACUUUGCCGGAGAAGAUGAGAUUGAAGAGCAAGAGGUUAUACAAGCUCAGAAUGAGCUUUGUCAAGAAGCCCAAGCGUCGAAUGCUCCGGGAUUAA